CAAAAAGUCACAAUAUUCAACACACUCUGAAGGACACCUGAGACUCGUGGUUCUCUGCUCUUCAACAGAAUGGAGCGGAUUCCGAAACUUCUAGCUGGACUCAUUCUGCUGACCAUAUGUGUGGUGGGCUGCUCCAGCCAACACUGGUCCUACGGACUGCGCCCUGGAGGAAAGAGAAACGUUGAAAAUUUGAUUGAUUCCUUCCAAGAGAUGGCCAGAGAGGUCAGUCAGCCGGCAGAACCUCCGCGCCCCGAAUGCUCCGUCCACCAGCCCCGCUCUCCCCUCAGGGACCUGAGAGGGGCUCUGGAAAGUCUGAUUGAAGAGGAAACUGGGCAGAAGAUUUAAACCCACUGGGCCGGAAGCACCGACAACACUGAAGUGUCGUUCUGACACCGAAAUCGGUGACCCAUUUAUUAUCUGUCAAGUGUGUGAAUUUCAGAAAUUCUCAUGCUAAGUUGCACACAUUUCAUAAUGAAGGGCCGUGUUGUGAAUAA